AUGAAACGUGUUCCAAUACCUAUUGCAUCAAUGCCAUCAUCUAACAAUCCAGAAAAUAAUCAAAUGAUGCCAGAUCUUCUGUGGAUAAGUAAACAACAACAACAGCAUCCAUCGACCCAUGCACAUCCAUUGAAGAAUACAAUUCGGGUUAAUUCAAAUGGCAUACGACAAAAAUUUGAUGGUAAACAAUGGCGUACUUUAUGUCAAACAACUGAUGGAUAUGAUUGUCGAAACUUAGCAUUUCGCUCUCUACUAUGUCAAAAACAUUUCUAUAAAGUACAUCUUUCUAAACGCCCUUAUGCAAAAGCUGGAUCAUUGCCAAUACCAGUAUUAUCUGAAGCAUCAUUAUUUGCAUUAAAGCGACCAUUAUCACAUCCAUAUAAACCUCAUCAUCAUUAUCAUCAUCAUCAACAAAUUGAACAUCACAAUUCUAUGAAUAAAAAUGAUUCUAGAAUUGAACAAGAUGAUAAUGAUUCAAUUGAACUUCUUGACAAUAACGACUUUGAAAUAGCCAAGCAAAAUACUAAUAAAGGAUCAAAAAAUGACUCAGAACCUGAAUUUACUUUUUUUUCAAUUGAUUGUGAUUCACCGUCUGAAGUACAUACAAAUGAAUCUGAACAAAUAAAAGUACAUUCGUCACCAAAAUUAAAAAGAAUAGAUUCAUUAAAUAAUGAUUCGGUUACGUCCAAUGAAUCAGAAAAUCCAUCUUUACAUAUUUCGAUACCAAAAAUAACAGAAUCUACUCGUUUCGGUUUACCAACAUUAACACGAACAGAAGAAAAAUCAUUAAGUAAUGAACUUAUUAGGCAAUUACCACCGGAUACAUCAUUAUCGAUAGCUGAACAAAUAGCACGUCGUCGUGCUUGUGAAAUAGUUAUGGAUAAUUAUUCUCAUCAAAUGUUACCAAUGAACAUUGUACCAGAAUGGUUUUAUGAUUUUCUUUUAAGAAAUCCACGUUUACCAAUACAUUUUCGAUCAUGGUUUUCUUCUGUUAAUCCAACAAUACCUAUAUCCGAUCAAAUCAUUGAUAUUAAAGUAUGGGAACUUGGACUUGUUACAAGAUCAGCUAUUCCAUCAUCUUCAAAUUCAACCAGUUCAUCAUCACCAUGA